AUUUGCUAGGAUUGGUUUUGACCCUUCCUCAAGUUGUUGCUUGUGUCAGAGAUACUGUUGUCAGGAUUCUGUCGUGCAAAGAGAAAGAUAAAAAUAUCUUUCUGACUCGUGCAUUUUUCUCCCUUUCCCAUCCUCUUGCCAGGAACGCUGGAAAUGGAUCCCAGGCUGAUUGGAGGCAUUAGGUCGUCAGUUUGAAUCCCAGUGGUCGAGAAAGAAAUGUGGGUAAUAACUAGCUGAUGGUGGAGAAGAAAGGAACUCAAGGAGGUAUGAGAACCGUUCAUUUUACCCUGGACAUUUCCUCAAGGCUAGUUUUUCUGGAAAGCCUCCGUCUUCCUGGUUGUUGCAGGACCUGGCUGAGGAGCUGUUCCAUUUCCUCUCUGAUUCUUUCUCUUACCUCCUGAGGACUGGCAAAGGAAAGGUCCUGGAACUUUAAAGAGCUGCAGUGUCUAAGGGAGAACCUGUAAGGAGAGAAGUCUUCUCAGUAUCACCACUUCCUCUCUACCAAGGCUCGGGCUGCUUUCCUUCGAGCAUCACACAUCAAAAGUGAAAAAGGCAGAAACUCUCCAGAUGUCUUCCGGUAAUGACGAAGUUUUUAUCCCAAUGUCACGAAGAAACACCAGUGACCUCCCCAGGACAACCUCCAAUGACCUGAAGACAUUUACCGAAGUAGCUGUGUUAAGUUUUCAUAACAUCAACUAUCGAGUAAAAGUGACGAGUGGCUUUCUUCUUGGUCGAAAAACAGUUGAGAAAGAAAUAUUAACAAAUAUCAAUGGCAUCAUGAGACCUGGCCUCAAUGCCAUUCUGGGACCCACAGGUGGAGGCAAAUCUUCGUUGUUAGAUGUCUUAGCUGCAAGGAAAGAUCCACAUGGAUUAUCUGGGGAUGUUUUGAUAAAUGGAGCACCUCGACCUGCCAAUUUCAAAUGUAAUUCAGGUUAUGUGGUACAAGAUGAUGUCGUGAUGGGCACUCUGACAGUGAGAGAAAAUUUACAGUUCUCAGCAGCUCUACGGCUUCCAACAACUAUGACGACUAAUGAAAAAAAUAUGCGGAUUAACAGGGUCAUUCAGGAGUUAGGUCUGGAUAAAGUGGCGGAUUCCAAGGUUGGAACUCAGUUUAUCCGUGGUGUGUCUGGAGGAGAAAGAAAAAGGACUAGUAUAGGAAUGGAGCUUAUUACUGAUCCAGCCAUCCUGUUCCUAGAUGAGCCCACAACUGGCUUAGACUCAAGCACAGCAAAUGCUGUCCUUUUGCUCCUGAAGAGGAUGUCUGAACAGGGACGAACAAUCAUUUUCUCCAUUCAUCAGCCUCGUUACUCUAUCUUCAAGUUGUUUGAUAGCCUCACCUUGUUGGCCUCAGGAAGACUAAUGUUCCAUGGGCCUGCCCAGGAGGCCUUGGGUUACUUUGCAUUAAUGGGUUACCAGUGUGAGCCCUAUAAUAACCCUGCAGACUUCUUCCUGGAUGUCAUUAAUGGAGACUCCUCUGCUGUGGUAUUAAACAGACAGGACCAGGCGGGUGAAGCCAAGGAGACUGAAGAACCUUCCAAGAGAGAUAUUCCACUCAUUGAAAAAAUAGCUGAGUUUUAUGCCAACUCUGCCUUCUCCAGAAAAACAAAAGAUGAAUUAAAUCAACUCUCAGAGGGUCAGAAAAAGAAGAGCUCAGCCUUUGGGGAGAUCACCUAUGCCACCUCCUUCUGUCAUCAACUCAGAUGGAUUUCCAAGCGUUCAUUCAAAAACUUACUGGGUAACCCUCAGGCCUCUAUAGCUCAGAUAAUUGUAACAAUCAUCCUGGGAUUGGUUAUAGGUGCCAUUUUCUAUGAUUUAAAAAAUGAUUCUGCAGGAAUCCAGAAUAGAUCAGGGGUGCUCUUCUUCCUCACGACCAACCAGUGUUUCAGCAGUAUCUCAGCUGUGGAGCUUUUUGUGGUUGAGAAGAAGCUCUUUAUACAUGAAUAUAUCAGUGGAUACUACAGAGUGUCAUCUUAUUUCUUUGGAAAACUGAUAUCUGAUUUACUACCCAUGAGGAUAUUACCAAGUAUUAUAUUUACUUGUAUAAUAUACUUCUUGUUAGGAUUGAAACCAGUUGUGGAGGCUUUCUUCAUCAUGAUGUUUACCCUUAUGAUGGUGGCUUAUUCAGCCAGUUCUAUGGCACUGGCCAUAGCAGCAGGCCAGAGUGUGGUAUCCAUAGCAACACUUCUCAUGACCAUCUCCUUUGUGUUUAUGAUGAUAUUUUCAGGGCUGUUGGUAAAUCUCACAACCAUCCAGCCUUGGCUAUCAUGGCUUCAGUACUUCAGCAUUCCUCGAUAUGGCUUUGCGGCUUUGCAGCAUAAUGAAUUUUUGGGACAAAACUUCUGCCCAGGACUCAACAUAACAACAAAUAAUACCUGUAGUUAUGCGACAUGUACUGGCGAAGAAUUUUUGGUAAACCAGGGCAUCGAUAUCUCCCCUUGGGGCCUGUGGAAGAAUCACGUAGCCUUGGCAUGCAUGAUUGUUAUCUUCCUUAUAAUUGCCUACCUAAAAUUGUUAUUUCUUAAAAAAUUUUCUUAAAUUCUUCUUGAAUUUACAUGAUUUAUGUGCACAUUAAAUAGGGAGUGUCUUGAUUUAUUUUAAGCAUUCAAUGAAGUGUUUUUGUCGUCUCUUCAUUUGGCAUCAUACUGUUCAGCAAGAAUUAUUUUUCCAGAAACCACAGCGAACUGAUUUAUACAUGAAAGAACUCAAGUCAUAAACUAGUGAUAUUAUGGACUGUGUAUUAGUUCAUCUGGUCAUACAGUAACCAUGGGGAAGACAUCUAGUUUAUCAACCUAAAACAGAAUUGAAUACUGGGAACUUGUGACAAGUUAUUAAUAUUUCUGGUAUUAGUUUCCUCAUCUUUAAAAUGAAUAGAGGGUUCAUUGCCCUCCAGCUCCAGUAUUAGAUGAAUCUGUGAUUUGCCAUUAUUUAAUAAAUCAUAAUAACAAAUGUA